UCCUCACGUCUCUCUCCUCCAUAGCUCCACGAAAUCUGACUCUCACAGCUCUGUCCUUCCAUUUACUAUCUAUCUACAUAUUGUUUGUGCCUUGCAAAUAAUUAAUAAUUUUAUCCUUAUCUGCAUGGGUAUCUCGCUCGUGUGUUGACAAUUCGAUGCUCCUCGCAAAAUGACGAACUUGAUUGCGCUCCCGAAUGAGAUCCUCCAUCAUGUUUUCAAACAUGUCGAUCCAAUCGACCUCGCACAUCUCUCACGCAGCUGCAAAUCUCUAAACUCCAAUAUCGCAAGCGAUGGGCAAUUGUACAGAGCGGUGUACUGCCAGAUACUCGAUAAACCGACCCAAGAGAAGGUUGGGGAAAUUGAUUACGAAAAGAAUUUGAAAGAUUUAGUGAGAUUUAGAUAUAUCCUCAACAAUUCUGCGUCCGCAUCAGAGAAAGCAAUUCACCUCCCCUUCAUAGCAGACUUCACCACGACCCUCCUCCGCACCGCCAGCGGCGGCCCGACCUCCUCUAACAUCACCCUCCUCAAAUCCCACAUCAGCUCCUCCCGCCCCUCAACCACCAACCUCGAAGCAUUCCUCUCCCAAUCCGUAACCUUCAACCGCGCCUCCCUCUCCCCCCACGCAGCAACACACUCGCACCCACCUCUCCCAUCUCUCCCCCACCGUCAAGCCUCCGCGAAACUACACGUCCUCUACGGCAAACCUAUCCUGCUCCCCCGACGCACACACUUCAACACUCCCUAUCCCUACGCCGUAUCGAUGGUGUACGAUCUGCGGAACUACACGGAAGCGACGAUGUGGGGUCCGUAUAUGGGCGACGGGCAGGCGAGCGUAGACUGGGAGAAGCUGGAGGCGGUGAUGCUGGUGCUGGGGCAUAAUGUGGAGAGUUUUAGGGCGAGUAUUGGGGAGCAGAUGUUGCCGAGGGGGUUGGUGUGGAAGGAAGGGUGGAAGGGGGCCCAGCCGUAUAGUUAUAGGAGUGUGGAUAUUGCGGGGGAGGAUAGUGAUGAGGAGGAGGUUGUGGAGGAGGUUGAGGAUGGCGAUGGUGACGGUGAGGAAGGGGAGGGGAGUGAGGUUGUGGAGGAUCCGUAUAAUAUCACGGGAACGUGGAUGAGGGUCGUUUGUUUCCUAGAUUUCCACGACCUUUUCGCAUACAACUUCACAUCCCCGACCAUGCCGGCCGGUACACCGCGUCCAGCUCUCCAAACAACCGAGGCCAUCCGUCUCAUUACCAUGGAAUUAAGGGUAACUCACAGCGAGCCACCCGGACCAGAAGAUGGCCAAGAACAUCCUGUUGUGUAUUUCGAGGGUGUGAGCCGCAGUCUACAUUCAGCGUGGGAUGUUAAUGCCAAUUCGAACAUCCGGGGGAAUGUGAGAAUGACGAAGGAGGGUGAGGUGAGGUGGCAGAGUAUUAGUGUGUAUAAUGGGUAAGUACCGAAGUCCUCCCUUUGUACUCGUUCAUCUUUCUCCAUCUCUCCUACGAUGAACAGAGCAAAUACUGAUGCCCCAGAUAGCGAAGAACGCUGGCGCAGCGAAGGCAUCCAAAUCGGCGGUAUCCAAUCCGCCCGCGGCGUCCUCGGCCACUGGUUCGACAAAGACCACGACGUGCACGGCCCCGCCGGCCCAACAGCCUUCUACAAAGUCAGCGACCAGAUCAAGAAGCGCGGUCCGGCUUCCGAGGAGGAUAUAGAGUCGAAUUACUGGGAGGUAGAGCUAGAGCAGGAGUUGGAGGAUGAUGAUGAGGAGGAGGUGCAGGCUUUCAUUGGGCAGCUGGCGCAGAGUAUUGGGUUGCCGCUUAAUCAUGGGCAUGGGCAUGGGAAUACGCUGCAUUUUCAUACGCAUACGCAUUUGCAUGGUCAUGGACAUGGGCAUGGACACGGCCAUGAGCAUGUGGAGGAGGGUAGCGGUGCGAAUGCCGGGAGUGGAUUUGGUGAGGGUGGGCAGGAGACGAGUUAAGAUGUGCAGCUUUAUAUCCGGGUCAACUGAAUAUAUUUGAAGAUUAGUAGUAUAUAAGGAAGAGGCUCAGCUAAGAGCUUCUAGAGGGCGGCUUAUUCCCGUCGCAUACACUAUCAAUAGAUUGAAAGCUUUUUGGGGGUUAACGACGAUAAGAAUAUUCACUUAUUUCGUCGAUUCGAUACAAUUGCCUUGGACAUAAUCUGCGAAUAUCGCAAAUCCUUGGUUACAUAGUGACAUCCACACAUCCACACAUCCAGACAAACCGCACAAUUUUCCUGCUGUAUCCUCGAACCUGAGAUAAGGAAGGCCGAGGCUGGGAUCUAAGCGAGAGGAAAGGGGCUUAGGAAUGGUGCGCAUAGUACCGGUGCACGAAUCAUGAAUUUCAUCAUUUAACCACCCAUUCGAUCAUUGGUUGUAGUAGGUGACUGAUAUUGCAUGUCUGUGCCUGUCAGGAAGCAAAUAUUCGAAAUUGCAACUGAAAUUGGAAGGAGCUGAUUGUCGGAAACUGUUUAACGACAUGAAAGAGAAAAGAUUCUCUAAUCAGUCUGUCAGAGAGCUUUGGUACAGAACUCAUCCCAGGCUCAGAGCGCAUCGUGGAUGUCAAGCUGGGACAAUGGCCAGAAGUCCAGCGUUCAUAGAAUCUGUAUUCAGUCUUGCAUUACUGCUCAAAGUAGGUACCGUAAGUGAAAAGCAAAAUCCACAAUCUCGAAGUCAAAGUGUCC